AUGGCUCCUCAGAUCAACUACUCAUCCUCCGCUGAGGGCACGCGCCCGUCCAGCGAGCCUAGACCAAGCUCUUCGGUGCUGCUGCUCUCGCCGCAGAACCAGGUCCUGCUUCUGCACCGCGUGCAGACGUCGACGUCCUUUGCGUCGGCGCACGUCUUCCCCGGCGGCAACUUGGAUGCGUUCCACGAUGGGACUCUCCCCGCCGUAGGGUCACCGGACCGCCAUCAGGACGGGCUGGCGUACCGGCUUGGGGCUAUUCGCGAGACGUUUGAGGAGACGGGGAUCCUGUUGGCCAAGAAGGAUGGCGAGCUGGUUAACCUAAGCAUAGAGGAGAGGGAUGUGGCGAGGAAGAAGAUACAUGGAAACCAAACCAGAUUUCUCGACUGGUUGGAAUCGCUAGGCGCCGAGCCAGAUACUGACGGCUUGGUUCCCUUCACCAGAUGGAUCACACCCGCUAUCAACAUCAAGCGCUUCACCACCCAAAUGUAUCUCUACCUGCUACCUCUAACCCGCAACCAAAUGCCUUCAGAAAUGCUCAUCCCCACGCCCGACAACGGCGUCGAGCACACUGCUGCCCUCUUCGCCCCAGCCCAGACCUUCCUAUCCCGGGCUUCUACCAACUCCAUCAUCCUGUUCCCUCCGCAGGCGUACCUCCUCCGCCUCGUCGCCAACAUCUUCAGCAGCACGGCCGCGUCCCCAGAAGAGGGCCCACUGCACCUCGCCUCACAGCGCGAGAAGCUGCUGGCGUUCCUCUCGAGCGUCCCUACGGCGGAGACGGAGAAGGGCAAGCAGCACAACACGGCGCUCAUUCCUUGGGGUGAUAAGGUUAUGAGCCCGCACACGCUGUUUGUGCGGAAGAGCGACAAACGAGUUGUCCUGGCGCUGGAUAAGCCGGGCCCGGAGCUCAAAGACUCGGGGAGAGGCGGCGACUGGUCAAGAGUGGUUCUGGUCAACUUUGGCAAGGGCGGACCGACGAAUGUGGAGAUUCGGGGACGAGAAGAAAUAUUGGAAGAGGAGCGGGAGAGCAAGACGGAUGAGCAGAAACUAUAG